AUCGUCCUCGCAUAAACAAAAUGGCUCGUACCAAGCAAACUGCCAGAAAGUCUACCGGUGGUAAAGCACCACGAAAACAGUUGGCGACAAAGGCUGCUCGCAAGAGCGCGCCUGCGACAGGAGGAGUGAAGAAACCGCAUCGUUACCGUCCAGGGACCGUUGCUCUUCGUGAAAUUCGAAGAUACCAGAAGAGCACCGAACUUCUGAUCAGAAAGUUGCCGUUUCAGCGGCUUGUUCGUGAAAUCGCUCAAGAUUUCAAAACUGACCUCCGUUUCCAAAGUUCGGCGGUCAUGGCUCUUCAAGAAGCUAGCGAAGCAUACCUCGUUGGACUAUUUGAAGAUACUAAUCUCUGUGCUAUCCAUGCUAAGAGGGUAACCAUCAUGCCGAAGGACAUUCAACUGGCACGAAGGAUUCGUGGAGAGAGAGCUUAAGUUCCUGAAACGAUCAAAACAAACGGCCCUUUUCAGGGCCAACAAUAUUUUUCUAAUCGUGGACACGACUUUGA